AUUUCUCUUAUUAUUACCUAUUUGUUUGUUUAAUAAUAUUUGUAGAUUUUAUAAUUCUUUACAUACGCAUGUAUAUACAUAUAUAUAUAUAUAUAUACAUACGUACAUAUGUAUUUUAUUAUACAUUAGUCAUUCUUUAUUCAUGUCAAAAAGGAAGAAUUCUUUAUCUUAUUGCUUUCUACUAUAUCGACAUUUCAAUUAUAAUCUUAUGUCGAUUAAUUAUCAUGCCUUAUGAUAAUUAGUUGACGCUAUUUUAAUUAAUAUUAUUGAUGUUAUUUUCUUGUUGCCAGAAUGUUUUUCAAUCACAAAUAAUGUUAAUAUAAUAAUAUUUCAUGAAUAAUAAUCAUGUUAUUCAACCUAUUUUGUACCAUUAUUAAUAUUAUGUCAUUACUUGUGCUUGACCACUCUGUUAAUCAUAUAUGCAUAACGGUUAAUCUGCAUUAAGGGGCCUUUAACUUGUAAAAUACACAUAAAGUGUAGAAAUAAUAUUUAAAUUCUUUAAUUUAAAUAAAGAAAAAUUUAAAAAUGUUAUAUCGGGAUGUAACAGUCCUCCCUCCUUAGAUUGUGCAUCGUCCUCGAUGGACUAAAAUUUAGAUUUCAUUAUGUGAAAUUUUACAAGUUUUACAAUUUGGAUGUGUAAUACUUUUUGUUUAUAGAAUAUGUUACAAUUUUUGCUGAGUGUAAUAAAGUGAUUAAUGUAGUGUUUAAAGGAAACUUUGCAGCUGCGAGGUAAGUUGAAGUUUAAACAAUAUAACAAUGUAGCUGAUGGUCCAGAUGGCUCCUCGUGAGAAAUUUAAAAUGCUGUUAUCAUCAAAUUGUUACAUGAUGAUCUCAGUAGUCUUGUGAUGAUCCGUGUACAUCCCUUUUGUAAUUAGUCUCGCAUUUACCAUGAGUGCCAACAGUUCGUCCAGCAACGCGUCCACUGAAGAUUUUGGAGAUUUUUGCAUCAACAACAUGCUGCCCCUACCACUACUGAUAGAUCGCGAAAUUCCUCAUGAUCGCGCACCUAGUGACAGGCCAAGGGUGUGGAGUCCGGGAAAAAUCACUCAGUUGGUUUUUCUUGCCUUGAAGUUGGUCCAGCUUUCCCGGGAAGAACGGGAAACCACAGGGCUUCUUGGUUUUUCCCCCAACUUUGAGGUAAGGAAUGCCGGGUCCAAAUCAUCUGGAAAAAUGCGUAUCCGGCGAGUGAGGAAUUCCUGGAGUCCACAUUUUUCUCCUGAGGGCAGGAGAUCUUCUUUGUUCCUGGAACGAGUUCGCGUGGAACAGCAGUUACAGUGUUUACUGGCAGGGGUGAAUCAAAUUCCUGCCGGUAGACCUGACUGUUUGCACAUGUCAAGAGCUGACACGUGUACUAGCUUCCAGGGACAACAUCGGCGUUUUUGUCUAUGUGGACGGUUGCUGAGCAUUACACAGCGGGCAACCAUGUGUAAAUGCGGAACUAAAUUUGAGGAUCCAAGGAUGCCUGGUCCUUCAGAUUCUUCUGUUAAAGAAUAUAUCCCUCCUUAUAAGGUUAUGUGUGGUCGUCAGUGUGAGUGUGGAAAAUAUGUUGUGAAUGAAUUUAGAGUAGAUAAAUGUAGUUGCGGGGCGAAGUUGCCUUAUGCAGCGGAUGCCACCGAGUAUUUUAACCCUAGGCCUAUAGAUCUUAGUUUUAAUAAUACAGAUAUAGACGUAGAAAAUUAAGAUUAUUUUUAACCUUUUAAUAUUUGUAUAUUUUUAUUCUGUUUAAUAUAAUAACAAUAAUAAUAAAAUUUUUACCUUGAUUUUCCUUGA